AUGGCCACACAGCAUGAAGCCCUACCCGUCGAGCUGCUGAUCGCCAUCUUCCAGCAUCUCGAAUGGCGGGACUUUGAGAGCUGCUCGCGGGUCAGUUGGCUCUUCCGCGAGGUCACUCUACCCCGCCUAUUCGAGCGCGCCUCCCUCGACGUCCAUCAUCCUUCACAGCUGGACAUCCUGCGGCGGGCGGUCAAGCGGAAACCGAGGCUUCUUGAUGUCUUCCGCGGUCUGUGGUCGCCUCGCACACCGCGGGCGGGCGCGGACACUGGAGCUGGAGGGAAAGGGAAUGGGAAUGGCGGGCGGGACGCUGUCAAUGCGGGACGGGAUGCUGGGAUGCUGAAGGGCUGGCGGAAAGGGCGAUGGAGAGCUCUCCUGAGCGGGAAGACGGCAAAGGAGGCUCAAGACAAUCCCAGCGCUCUCCCCCGGCUCCUCCUCUUCAAAGUCUUCACCAACACCACCCAUCUUAUCCUUACCUCCCAUACCCACACCACCUGCGACAAUCACCACUCCCUCGACAUGCCAAACCUCAUCAUUCUCCAUAUCCUCCCCACCUCCAGCGCCACCGGACCCUUUCUCGACUUUUGCAUGUGCAAACACGACCCGGCUCGGCGCCCUAAAUCAUGCGCCCGGGACUUUUCCUGCACCUGCCCCUUUAUCGCCAAGCUCCGCCCGCGGCGUCUCGUCCUCGGUGAUACAUCCACGUGUAUCUACGGCCGCGGAUCCGGUCUCUGGACGUUACCCAUCAUCUUUCCGCCAUACAUCAAGGACGUCGUGGUCUAUAUCGGGGAAUCAAACGGUGUCGGGCACUCAAGCGGUACCUUACGCGACCCACCCAAGCAGUCGGACGCCCGCGAAACCUGGCUGUCUAAACUCCAGCCCUCGGUCGAGACCCUCACCCUCAUCUUCUCCCCUCGUCCUGACGAGCCGUGGCUCGUACGCCCGCUCGAGCCGCUCGACUACAGCGGGGAAACACCAAAAGCUUGGGUGAACUCCAUCACGGACAUGCUGGUGUGUGCUCUGGGGGGUCGGGCGCAAGCAAUGAUGGUCGUAGGGAUGGAGUUGAUCUGGGAGGAUUGGACGUAUACGCCGACGUCUCAGGUGAAGGAGUGGCUGGAGAUCAAGCUAAAGCGUCAUCUCGUUCGUGAAAUGUGGUUCAGGGAGUACGAGGCGAGGGAAAGGGUGGAGGGGAUCAGAUAUCGGACGUGGGAGGAGUUUGAGGCGGAUGAGGCUGGAGGCGGAGUUGAAAGCGAAUGA